AUGUCACACACGGCGGCGGGGUUGAAUGUAUUCACCGAUUGGCCAGCCCCCACGGCGAGCAAGUUUUGGCUCACCGUUCCCCUCUGCUGCGGGCAGAACUGCUCGUUGCAGAGGACGCAGCUGGAUAAUGACCGCACGAUAGACCGGCUGACGUCGCUGGAGCGCAUGGCUGCCCAAGCCCAAGCCAAGAAUGUGGUCUAUUGGAAUUUUUCCAAGAGUGACUUUGGGGGCUGGUUCCGUUCUGCCCGAUCCUCAGUACACAAAGCAGGCGCCAGGAAAGAUGCCCACUCCAACUUGCUGUCCAAGCAGGAAUCCAGCAACCUGUAUAAAAUCCAAUUUCACAAUGUCAAGCCAGAGUGUCUGGAUGCAUAUAACAAUCUAGAGGCAGAGGUACAAAAGAAACUACAUCAGGACACAGAGUAUCCAUGUGAGGUAGUAGGAAGCUGGAACACCUGGUAUGGAGAACAGGACCAAGCAGUGCACCUAUGGCGCUACAGAGGGGGCUACCCUGCCCUGACUGAGUGCCUCAACAAGCUCAAAGUCAACAAGGAAUAUUUAGAAUUCCGGCGAGAGAGAGCAAAAAUGCUGAAUUCCAGGCGGAAUCAACUCCUGUUGGAGUUCAGUUUCUGGAAUGAACCUCUUCCCAGACCGGGACCAAACAUAUAUGAAAUGAGGAGCUACUCAAUCAAGCCAGGGACCAUGAUCGAAUGGGGCAACCACUGGGCCAGGGCCAUCAAAUACAGGCAGGAAAACAACGAGGCCGUUGGGGGCUUCUUCUCGCAGAUUGGCGAUCUGUACGUCGUCCAUCACUUGUGGGCUUAUGAAAACCUUCAGUCUCGAGAUGAAACCAGGAAGUCUGCAUGGCGAAAAGAGGGAUGGGACGCUAACGUGAGCUACACGGUACCUCUCAUCAGAAGCAUGGAAUGCAGGAUUAUGAUUCCUUGCACCAGUUCUCCGUUACAAUGA